CGUUCGUGCGCGCACAAAUGACACACUAAAAAUGACAUUUGGUCAAUCUUUGUUGUAACUUAAAUGUUUGCCUGUUCCUUCGCGUAUAAAACGCUUUCAUACAAGCGGUAUAUUCGCCAAGAGGAAUUAUUAUUUCGCCCCUAUCAAUUUGUUGGCAAAUACAGAUAAUUUUGUCAUUCGUCGUCUUCCGUAGUGAGUAGGGAAACAUGGCUUCUCACACUUGCAAGACAUUUUUGUCCUUUGGUCGAUUAAACAUAACCAGUGUUGGACUGCAAGGUUUGGCGAGCAGGUUGAUAUACACGACACAAUCGCCUAUACAUUCCCCUGGAAAUAAAAAUCUUCCCGAGAGAGGCAAUGCCCAAAGAACAUUCAGAAAGCAGAGACGAGAUGAAGGACCACCCAGGACAGAAAAGAUGUCAGCCGACCAGGACUGGACCAAUGUCUAUCCAGCAGCCACCCCCUUCAGAGCGAGCGCUGUCCCCUUACCUGUGAGGAUGGGCUACCCGGUAAAAGGAGGCGUACCCCUGGAAAAGAAGGGCAACCUGGAGCUGAUCAAAGUGCCAAACUUUCUACACCUGACCCCAGUAGCCAUCAGGAAACAUUGUGAAGCCCUCAAACCGUUCUGCACCGACUGGCCGUCGUCCUUGGACACAGACGCCAAGUGUGACCAGCACUUCCCUGUCAAAGUGGAGACCAGCGACUACAUCUCUGCGGGUCUCUCUCUACGAAACCCCUCCGCCCGUGUUGUUCAUCUCCGAUUAAAGCUGUCCGCGUUAAACCUUGAUGACCACGCCAGGAAGAAGAUGCUCAAACUAGUUGGGGAGAGAUACUGCAAAGACACGGACGUCCUGACCAUCACAACUGACAGCUGUCCACUGAGGCAACAAAAUUAUGACCACGCAAUGUACCUGCUCACCGUCCUUUACCACGAAUCCUGGAAAACUGAAACCUGGGAGGCCGAGAAGACGGUGGCAGACAUGGAGGAGUAUUCCUGGGAGGACAGCCCAUCCCAGAAGAACAUCAUGGACACGCUGCUACGCACCAAGGCGGUGGCAGCAGAGGAUGGAAUACGAGAGCAGCUUCUGGGCAGGAGCGAAGUGCAGGAGUACAAGGACUCUGUCACCAGACUGAAGAACGAAGGUGACAGCGAGAACGCCAUGCUGCAGUACAAAGAGGCCGUCAAGAAAGUACUUAAGCUGUGACCUACAACUCUAAAGCAUUUAUGUUUCAAUUUCAUACCUAAAAAUAAAACGCACAACUUCAGGACCUCUCUCUGACCACACUGUACUUGAUCAGACGCAUGGACCCGCUUAUCUCUGACGUACGGUAGCCCCUCAUCCCCCUCCCUCGCCUCCUCCAGCUCACAAGCACACAGCAACAGCAGCCCAGCAGCAGCAGCACCGCCACACAGCUCAACAGCGCCACCAGCAGGCUGUGCCACCCUGCUACUGACCCUGCCAUGGUGUCCUCACCCCCUGGAGUCGGGCUUCCUUGCUCUUUGACUGACGUUUGGGGCUUGAACGUGGAUGUGGAGAAGGUGUGAUGCUUGCUAGCGGUGGAGAGGGAAGUAGGAGGCGGUGUGGUGGUCCUGCUGGAUGGCGUUGUCACGGUAACGCUGGGAGAAGCCAUGGAGGUGGUCCUGAAUAUGCCUGACGUAGUUGCUGUUGGAGGUCUCUUCACAGUGGCGGUGGUGCUGCUGCUGGUUGUUUGUUUAACGGUGGCAGGAGGCGGCGGAUGAAAGAAUUGCCGCUUGUCCGAGGGCGGCUGCACCUCAGAAGCGUUGACCCGACUGAAGUGAUGCGGGAGCACGCGUACAUUGGAGGUGAGGUGCUUCCCGAACACCAACAAAUCAGGAUCCACACCUGUCAUUGGGGUAAUAAUGGAUAUACCAUUAUAAAGCGCAUGCAGAGGUAGAUAAAGCUGCUCUUACAGACCCUUUCCAAAAAAUUAGAAUGUCAU